CCCUUUUGACACUGAAUAUUAUUUCAAACACUUUUCAAGUUUAAGUUUGAAUGGUUGGAGCAUAGUGCAAGUGGAGGGUCUGCUUGCAGAAUGGAGGGUACUCCACUACUGGAUGACUGCAAGAGUGGCUGGCUAAUGGUAGAAAAAGACUUCUCUGCUCGUCUAUUCAAGCAAGAACAGCUCAAAUAUGCUCUCCAGUGCAUGGGCCGUGACCCGUCAGACAAGGUAGUGUCUCGCUACUGGGCUCAGUGUGGAGGGUCCAUGUCCUACGAGCAGUUCACACUGGUCAUGAAGAGAGAGCGUAAAACCACCAUGAGGGAUCUCAUGAGUUCAUUCAAGAGAAUUGACCUGAAUGGAGACGGCUACAUCACGGCACAUGAGCUGCACAGGGUGUUGACCAAGCGUGGGGAGAAAAUGUCACAUGAUGAGGUCCAAGCUAUUAUUGACGAGGCCGACCAAAACGGAGAUGGAAAGUUAGACUAUGCUGAAUUUGCUCACAUGCUGUUGAACACGAGUGAGGAGUGUGUCCAUGCAGCCAAGCAGAAAGCCGGUCAAUCGAGUAAAAGGGCUUCUAUCUCCCAUAAAAAAGGCAUCCCUAACAAACACAAACACAGGGGAAGCGUGAGAAAGAGCAGCUAUGAUCGUCAAAAACAACGAGAAGAUAUCAGGGCUCAGUUAUUCCCACAAGGUUCAACUAACGGCUAUCACAGAGAGGAUAGGCUUACAUCACAGUCUCCUGUGUCACUAACACCAUCCACAAUCACACAAGCUGUUUCCCCGCCUCACUCCCACCUCCCUUCAUUGGUUACUCAAAAACCUGUCUCUACAACUGAAAGCUUGUUGGACGACACUCUAACAUCGACUGUAACAAAUCCCCAACCUCUUUUAGAAAGUACUGAGCUAACCAAAACACCUCAAAUUGAAGUACAAACUACUAAACUAAAAGCCGAACCUCCACUAGUUGAGAGCAGACCCACGGAAGAAGCUGUUAGCUCCCUACCUGAUCCACUCGAACUCAGAGCCAACUCGUUAACCAAGCUGCCACCAUUAAAAAGAACACCUCUACCACCUCUAAUACCACCUAUUGUGACCACUCCACAGUCUAACUUGCCUACUCAAGAACAACAACAACAUGAAGUCAAUAAUGCUCGAAAAGAAGAGAAUGGAGAGGAAGAUCCUUCUCGUGAACAAGGCUCGGAAAAAGAAGCAGCAAGUUCUGAGAAAGAGCCAGCUGCUACUGAACCAGAUGAACAACCAAAAUUUACAGAGCCGCCUGGCAAUGGUAGUGAAAGCAAACCACGAGCGGGGAAUGGUGACUCACAACAGGAACACAAGGAGCCAUCAGACAACACGGCUGCUGGUGACUCUGAGGGUGUGGAUGGAAAACGGCAAACCGAUCACUUACAAAACGGUGGAAGUGAGGGGGCGAGAAGUGAGACCGCUCCCCCUGCUUCUGUGGUGUCUUCACCACCAAAGAAACCAAAAAAUAUUCAGUCAUGGAAUAGUAUCACUGGAAAGGGGUGCUUCUACCUUGACCUAGAUGAGAGCCCACCCCCCAACUCACAAGACGAGGAUGGUGUCGUACACUGUCAUCAUUACCGCCUUAGACUGCCCUCCCCCACCAAUGUCUGGAUUGAAGUGGGUGUGGCUAAACCUGGUAACCCAGCAACAGACACACUUCUCUUUGUGUUCCACACUGAUGAGACUGAGGAGCCCACUGAGAUGAUAGCGUACACUCAACACAGGAUUGGAGAGAGCUGGGUAUGCCGGCUUGACCUUGACGCUGGCACCUAUGCUCUCAUUCCCUUCACCUCUCGCUGUUACCUCAAGCCACGAGACGACGAAGGAGCCCCUGGCAUGGCACUGCUCUCAGAGGAAGGUGGUUGUGUCUCCCUCUCCCCUGGGUGCCGAGGGGCACUGGAAGAGGUGUUCCAUCGGAUGGACUUGGACGGGAACGGGUUUAUCAGUCGCACAGAGUUUGAUUUCUUUCAGGAGAAGACUAGUGGGGAGAUUUGUGACGAUGAGGCUUGGAAGGUCAUUCAAGACAACUUUGAGCUGACUGGAGAGGAUGAGUUGACACUAGGAGGAUUCCUGGAGCUCCAUGUGAUGACAGGACAGGAUGAGGAGGGUGGGGAGGGGGAGCUACGAGAAGUGUUGCAGUCCCUCGGCUACUCUAACCAGCUGCAACUCGACCUGGCUUGUCCGUUUGUGUUUGAUUUGUUCACUGAGGAUAAUGAGGGAGAGAUUGAGAUAGUGGACCUCCUGCCGUCUACCCCCCACAUUAACCCCGCCCUUUCUCGGCUCAUUAGGGAGAGGGGUGUGUGCAAGGCUGUGAAUGAGGGGAGGGGGCAACUGGACACGUACACAUUCACUACACCACACAUGACCACCAUUGUUGUGGAAAAUAAGAGUGAUAAGAGUGCGUCAGUCCAGCUCGACUGUAGUGGGAGUGCUAACUGUGUCUUCAGUAGGGACAGUCCCCUCCAUGUUCUCCAUGUGCCUGCCAAUUCCACUGUGAUCGGAUUCCACAUUCAGCUUCUUACUGCUACAGAAUCGUAUAAGAUUGACUGUAUAGCCUCAAAAAUUCUUUGUUAAAAGAUAUUGUCAUUUUUAAUUUGUGUGUACCAGACAUGUACUGUACAUUUUGGUUGAUCCUGUGAUUUGCUGUGAUUGGCUAUUAAAAGAAACAUUGAAAUAGUUGC